AUGUCCAGACUUUACUGUCCCUUUAAGGAGUGCAAUUGUGAGAUAAUUCCUAUUAGCAAAGGUAGGCAAGUUAUGCUUCCGGUCCAAGCAUACGAAGAGAUGAAAAUCAUGUUGCCUGCACAGGCCCACCAACCCACAGGGAAGUUUUUAGUGGUGAACGACGUGUGGGACUUUGAUAAUAUUGGAGUGUCGCGUGGCGUUCCUGAAAGGCACCAGCCAGGCGGCUCAAUUGGAUUUCUAGACGGAACUAUCUGCACCAUAGUAAAAACUGAAAAGUACUUGAUCUGCGCCGAGUGCGACAGAGGCCCGCUCGGCGUCGUGUGUAACGUGACGCGGGCGGAUGGAACUGAGGAAGCGCUGCACCUGCUGAGCAUCGAGAGCCUGUCGACUGGCGGGAGCAUCAACGAAGAGGCUGCUGCGCUCGACUGA